AUGAUCGUUGAAUUAUUUAGUCGGGGACUGCUAUCGAUACUUAAAGCUUUCGAGAGUAUAUAUUGCGAUCAGCGUUCGAACACUUCUUCCCUCCGGCAGAGCCGCUUUAGACCGAUCGACAGGCAUGUGGCUGGUGUUAGCACAGUGUAUAUGGCCGACCUCUAA